GUCUUCCCUUAUCUACUCAACUCUCUACCUUGCACUACUUACUACCACCACCACCACUACUGUUACCACCUUAUCGCCGGGUCUCGCCUCAGCCUGUCUUCCCUCUCAGUGCCGCCUCACCGUCGCGCUGUCUCUCUUUACGCUUCACCAUCUGAAACACGGCUUCGCUUAUCGACGAGUCUGGCCUCUCCGGAAAGGGUGGCCAUCCAACAUCCGAGACUGGCGAAGUACCGGAUUCACUGCUUGGGCUGUCUCGGAGGAUUACAGCACCAACGAGGUGGAUUUCGGGGCUUCACUACACCUGCGCCGUACCCCAGUGACCGACGCACGCUGUACGCGAUGCUUAAAAAGAAGACCCUGCAUCCUCCCAUACUCUUCCGACACCAUACUCCCAGCACUACACCUGAGCUUUCUCCUACGUCUUCCUCAUCGGACAGCGAGUCGGACGAGGACAUGGACUCCUCCGGUUCGCGUCCGCUGAGUUUGACGGUUCCUCCGGGUGCUUUCUGUCCCAUGCGUCCCUCAUUAGAUGAGGUGCUGGCCAACACUGCACCUGCCCCCUACACCCUCAGCGCCUUUAUGGCCUAUCUCUCGCAGAAUCACUGUCUGGAGACCUUGGAAUUCACCCUGGAGGCCAAGCGGUACCGGGAAACGUACGAUGCCCUGAGCCGCCAGCUGAAUGAAUCGCCUAUCGUCACCGACUGCACCGGCAGCCAGCAUCUGCGUAUGCUCUGGCAGCGACUGUUGACUGCUUACAUCCUGCCCGGAUCGCCACGGGAGAUCAACGUCUCCAGCGAGGUCCGGGAUGACAUCCUUCGACACGCCAACCUACCGAACCCUCCGCUUCCCGAAACCCUGGACGCUGCCGUAAAACUCGUCCACGAUUUGAUGGAGGAGUCGAUCUUCCUGCCGUUCCUCAACUCGCAUGCCUCGACCGCUCACGUCUUGCCGCUAUCGGAGCCGCUGUUUCCCCAUGAGGACGAUAUCACCGUCGUAUCGAAUUCGAGCUUCGACGAGCACACGGCCAGUCGGGGUCGAUCGAAGAGGAGACGGCAGUCCCCCCAGUCUUCCAAAGAUCUGGGAUCGCCGGUGUCCGUCGGUUCUCCGCCUAGCCGCUCGAACUUCUCCUUGAGUGCAAUGACUUCGAUGGGCAAGGUCGGCCAUCGGACUUUGGGACAAGUCUCCAACGCCAGCGGAGAUUCCGCGUCUGGAGCUUUGACUGAUGACUCGGGAAGCCUGCAAUCGAGCGCCAGUGUAGGCGAACCAAUGACACCGCCGACUACGCCGCCUUCCAGUGAUCCCCAUUGCAUGCACUUGGCCCACAGCCCGAAGCGCACCGACAACCCAUGGAAAAAGAUGGGACUGAAGUUGGGCUUCAAAAAGCGCUCGGGCCACGGAGGCUCCGGCAACCAACAUUUCAAGUUUUCUGGCAUGGACGAAUGACUGGCCGUUCAGAACCGGCCAACAACAACCUUACCGAAAUCACACCCUAUCUGGCAGAGCGUCAAAGCUCUGAUGAUAUCCCUCAACACUCACUCCCUCGCUCGCUAUUCUCGUCGGACCGCCGAAAAUGGCAUCC